AUGGCCACAUCAAUAACAACAUCACCCAGCAGUCAAGCUACCGACAUCACUGGUGCUGAUGUUCCCACAACUACGAAUGCGAUCUCGGUCCUGAACUCAGCAGUGCCGAGUGAUGUUGCUGCCUCCAUCGCAGCUCAAUUCAGCAGCGACGAAGCAGCACGCCAUGCAGUCACCACAACCGCUAUCAAUGCUAUCACUUCUGCAGGAGCUGCAUCAGCUUUGACCUCCGCAGGAGCAGUCUCCACAUUCACCUCGGGAGUGAGCGUGACGAAUGCUGGACCUUUGCCAAGCACAUUGCUCUCAACAACAUCUCAAUCCCUUCGCUCUUCAAGUACAUCACUGUCAGCCGCGAGCGCAACUACUGCAGCACCCCCUUCAGCGCCUGGCAGGAGUCUUCCCAACAAUGCCAUCGCUGGUGUAGCGACUGGUAUCACAGCUGGAGCUGUCCUUGUAAUUUUAGCUGUCGUCUACAUCCUUCGUCGACGCCAGCAACGAAUGUCAACGAAUGCUGCUCUCGGUGGCAAGCGCGGCCCUGGCGCACGAGGGUCGAAUGGAGGCAGCAUUUAUCCGGAGAUCGCCUACCUGUACGAUCCAGCUGGGAGUGGGUCAGCUAGCUUCAUUCAGACCAGCAGUGCAGAGAACUCUCGGACUGCACUCCUUCCCAACAGCGAGACUCGCAGUAGCAGCAUCCAAAGUAAUUGCCAGUCGAGCGGUACAGACUCCGAUGAUGGGCCAUUAGGUCCAAUCGGACCCACGAGUCCUCUCCUCGUGGCUCCACUAUCAAGCAUCCAUCAUUUCAACGACCACGACCAUGAGCACGAUCUCGACACCAGCGAUCACACCACGCCCAUCACACCAAACACUCCCGUCCUUCCUCCUCCGCCACGCUAUCCGAGCCUCCGCAUGCCCCGCCUCGUCGCUUCUCCUUCAAUACCACUCCCGCCACCUCCACCCGCGCCUCCACCAGCUCCAGAACGCGCCCUCUCCCCACUUUUCUCUCCCACCCAACAGCAAUCUCGCCGGGAGUCUUGGACGCGGAACAAAAACGCCUGGACGACGAGUCCCCUCCUCGCCCCGCAAACGAGCGCGAACAACGGCGGCAGUAGCGGUAGCAACAACAGCGCUGGCGGGACCAGCGGUUGGACCGCGCGGGACCCUCAACCGCGGGCCUCUCGCGGACCGUCAUGGCUUUCGCCCGCCAUCAUGUCCGAUCUGCAGCCUCGCGCAACACCGCCGCAGCUGCGAGGCACCGCGAGUCAUUCGAAGGCCUCUGCUCCUGCGCGGAAUCCGUCAGCGAGCAGGCCCUUGACGGCGAUUGUGGAUGAGGAGAAGAGUAGUCCUUGA